CAUGACCCGGCUCGCGUUGAGUCGUUGGUGUCAUUGCCGCUGCCUCUCAACGCUGCUGAGCUUCAGCGUUUCCUAUGUGCUGCAAAUUGGCUAAGAGACUCGGUCGUUGACUAUGGACGGGCUGUGGCUCCGUUGCAAGCUAAGUUCGAUGCAGCGAUGCAGGGACUGAGUCGCCGUAAGCGCCAAGCGGCUGGCGUGGAGAUUUCGUGGAGUGAAGAUGAGAUUGAGCAGUACAAAGCGUUUUUGAAGCGGCUUGCGAGCUCAGCAACACUUUCGUUUCCUGAUGACGAUGCCGUGGUGUGCCUCAGCUCGGAUGCA